AUGCAGGCCUAUCGGGAUCACUCUUCGCCGUUUCGAGGACAGCCCUUACAAGGGAAUGUUUCUUUCCCUCUUAUCUCGUCAUAUAUCUUCGACUGGAUUGUAAUUCUCGUGGUUGGUGUCGCGGGGUUUAUAAUAGGGAAUAUCGACCCUUCCAAGCGACCAUUCUCCCUUGAAAAUCAGGAUAUCUCAUUCCCCUAUACUCCCCAUGAGACCGUUCCCAAUUAUAUCCUCAUCAUUGCAAGCACCCUUGCACCAAUCGUUGUCAUCCUCAUCAUUGCACUAGUAUUCAUCCCAGGUACCGCCGUUCCCGGUGGUAUACCGCAGUCCCUGAUCUGGAAGCGCAAGCUCUGGGAGCUACACAUAGGUUGGCUAGGCUUGGCACUCUCACGGUCAUCGGCAUGGUUCAUCACCAGUAGCAUAAAGAACCUCCUCGGGAAGCCGCGCCCAGACCUGCUCUCCCGCUGCCAGCCAGACACUGCCAAUACUGCACAGUAUGUUGUGGGCGGCAUCGCCAACGUCUCGAGCAACGGCCAGCUCGUCUCCGCGGCUAUCUGUAGAAGCACCAACGAUGACAUCUUACGAGAUGGCUUCCGUAGCUUCCCGAGCGGCCAUGCGUCGUCGUCCGCAGCGGGGUUGAUCUACCUCUCCCUAUUCAUCGCGAGCAAAUUCGCUAUCGCGUUUCCAACCCUCGCCCCGUCGGGAUAUACUGAGUCGUCCUUCUCCGCCUUCCCGUCCCGCAUGGCUCUGCAUCACCAUGAGGGUGUUGACUCCCACGCGCAACAUCAGGCAAGUUUGUCCGCAGUCCGGCGACGAGCGGCCGCGCCGCCAGUCUACCUCCUUGUCUUCGCUCUCGCACCGUUCUUAGCAACGAUUUUCAUUGCGUCCUCGCGUUGGUUCGACUUCCGGCACCAUGGGUUCGACAUCCUGUUCGGGUUCUCCAUCGGCGCCAUCACAGCGUACGUCGCCUUCCGUUUCUACCACCAGCCCCUCAGCGAGGGUGCGGGCUGGGCCUGGGGUCCGCGCAGCAGCGACAAGGCAUGGUGGGCAGGCGUGGGCUCAUUCAGCUACGCGACUGAUCGGGAGCGGUUAUAG